AUGCAUAAACAUAGAACAAAUAAAUUUCGUAUAUUUAUUGAAGAUAGUAGUAGUUCUCAAGAAGAAAAUAAAGAAACUGCAAGAUCAGAAAAUAUAAUGAAAAGCGAAGAGAAAGAAACAAAUGAAUUUCAAGAGGAAAAAGAAGGAGGUAGGGAGUCUGAAGAGGAAAAACCUAAAUCACUUAAACUUUAUCAUAGGUUAAAGAAUUAUAGCAGUCAAGGAAAAAAAAUUAAAAUGAAUGACAAUACUAGUGAGGAAUGCAAUAACAAUUCAGAAGAUAAUUUAUUAAAGACAAUACAAAAUAAUGGAAUAUCGAGAAAAUUUAAAAGGAUUCAUAAUAAACAAAGUGACGGAUCCAAACAUAAAGGAAAAGGGGUAAUUGAAAAUUUUUGGAUAAAUGAUUAUGAUCUUGAGGGAAGUAUUGAAGAGUCGGAGAUGGAAGUUGAUCAUCGAGAAAAUGAUGAUAGUGGUGCAAGUGGACGUGAUUAUAUAAUUAUGUGUAAAAGGAAUGAGGAGGAGGAUGAAGAAAUGAAAGACGCAGAAUCACAUGUUCAUUUAAAAUUAUCUCACGAUCAAAUAUUUCAUCCAUAUCGUUUAGAUAAUAGAAUAAGAAUGAUUGAACAAACUCUUCAGAGAACAACUUGGAAAGAACAUUUAAGUGAAACGCGUAUUAAUAGAUUAGAAGCCAAAAAUUAUAAAUUAAAACAAGAAUAUAAGCAAUUAAGAAAGCAACUUAGAAGGCAAAGACGAAAAGAAAAAGAUGAUGAUGAUUCAUCACGCAGUGUAAAUCCAGAUCAAAUUCAAAACCCUGCUGGAGAAUAUUCCAAUGAAAGAAUUGGAUUUGAUUAUGGAGUGUUUGUAGCUGGAUUAGUUGGAUUUGGAUUAGGAGGUCUAGUCUCUCAUUAUUUAUAA